AUGUAAAUAUUCGAGACAUUUUUUUCUCCAAUAAAUAAUACCUAAGUAAAUAUUAUAAUUUUAAACAUCAAAUGUCAUAAAUAAGAAUUAUCUUACUCUUGAAAUUAGGUACAAAAAAUGGCCGGCACAUAUUACUUUGUUAUUGUUGGCCACUCCGAUAAUCCGAUUUUUGAAAUUGAUUUCAUUCCAGUGACCAAAGAAGUUAAGAAAGAAGACAACAGACACCUGAACCAGUUCAUCGCCCACUCAGCCCUGGAUCUGGUUGACGAACACAUGUGGAAAGUCACCAACACUUAUUUGAAAUCGGUUGAUAAAUUUAACCAGUGGUUUGUCUCAGCAUUUGUUACCGCUAGUCAGAUGAGAUUUGUGAUGGUACAUGACGCUCGGAAUGAGGAUGGCAUUAAAAACUUCUUCACAGAUGUAUAUGAAUGUUACAUAAAGCUGUUGUUGAACCCAUUCUACAAGGAGGACACUGUCAUCAACUUUCCAGCCUUUGAAAAGAAAGUCCAGCUGCUGGGAAAGAAAUAUUUAACCUAGUAUAUAUAUAUUAAUAUAAGGAAAUGUAUGUAUAAGAAAAUUAAACAUUAAUAUAAUCAUUUUAUUUUUAAUAAAUAAUAAUACUGUUGGUUA